AUGUCGAACCGUUACGAAAGAGAAGCUGAAGACCGCUACGAGGCUGACAACGACGCCUCCCCUGUCUCGGGCACUGUCUAUGACAACUCCUAUGCCCAUGAGACCCGGUCAGGCCUACGGGGACACAUUCCUGUGCAGAAGGACGAGGACAGUUAUGAAGACCCCAUGCAGCCUCCUUUCUCUAACUCGGACCAGCAGCUCGCCCAAGACGAAAAGGAGGCCAUUGAUCAAUCCAACAUCCUGCAGGGAAGCCGCCUGCGUCAUGCGAAGCCAUCGACACGGAACGCCUACAACGAAGGUCCCGAUGAGGACGACCUGCCUGAAGAAGUACUCUAUGGUAAUUCCGGUGUUUCCAGCACUGGUGGCGUGGCUUAG